GUAGAGUUCUACUGUGACACGCACAGGGUCAUCAUGAGUCAGAAUUAACACAACAGCAACUGGUUUUUGGUUGUUGCUCCAGCCAAAUCCAACUCCCCAUUAGUUUCCAUACAUGCUCCUGUCUUUCUCAGCUCCAAGCUGUUGCCCAUGCUGUGGUCUGUACUCAGAACACCAAACUCAAGUGGAAAUGUCACUUCCCCCUGAAGCUUUCACUGCCCCCCUCCAGCCCGAAGUAAUGUCUUGGGGAUCUUUAAUUCCAGAUGUUCCAUCUGUGUCUUCUCCACGGCCCCUUGAUGGGACCAUCUGAAAGGCCAUCUACUGGCUGGACACACAAGGAAACAGAGAUGAGAAUUGGUCCCCAGCCAGUUGAGAAGAGCAGGGGGUGGAGGCCAGGAGAUGGAAGCACUGCCCCUUCACCCCUUCCCCCAGCCCUGUCCUUCUUCCUCCUCCUGCCACUGGCUAGCGCCCUACAGCCCACUCCACUGCCCUUUCCAGAGCUGAGGCUGGUGGGGGGCCCGAGUCGCUGCCGGGGGCGCCUGGAGGUCCUGCAUAGUGGCUCCUGGGGCAGUGUCUGCGACGACGACUGGGACGUGGUGGACGCCAAUGUGGUGUGUCGCCAGCUGGGCUGCGGCCUGGCGCUGCCGGUGCCCCGGCCCUUAGCCUUUGGCCAGGGCUGGGGUCCCAUCCUGCUGGACAACGUGGAGUGCCACGGGCAGGAAGCUGCGCUGAGUGAAUGCGGCAGCCGGGGCUGGGGCGUCCACAAUUGUUUUCACUACGAGGACGUGGCUGUUCUGUGUGAUGAGUUCUUGCCCACGCAGCCCCCAAUAAGGAAAAUGUUAACCAGCAGAGCUGUCCCCACAGCCUCCCAGAAUGGGAAAGGUGAGGGCAGUGUGCGCCUGGUCGGGGGCACAGGCCCAUGUCAGGGCCGAGUGGAGAUCCUGCAUGGCGGCCUGUGGGGCACCGUGUGCGACGACGACUGGGGGCUGCCGGACGCCGCGGUGGUGUGCCGUCAGCUGGGCUGCGGGACGGCUCUGGCCGCCACCACCAACGCCUUCUUCGGCUACGGCACUGGGCACAUCAUGCUGGACAACGUGCACUGCGAAGGAAGCGAGCCCCGCCUAGCAGCCUGCCAGAGUCUGGGCUGGGGAGUGCACAACUGCGGGCAUCACGAGGACGCCGGCGCGCUCUGCGCAGUGCUGGGUCCCCCCACUCUGGCAGUACCGCUGCCCUCAGCCACAAGAGAGGACUGGGCUGGGCACACAGAGCCAUUGGCUACCGGAGCUGGGGCCCAGCCUUCCAGGGAGACCGCACUGCUCACAAGUGCCUGGGCCGCGGGGAAGAAAAGCGGGCGGCUGCGGCUGGUGGGCGGCCCGGGCCCGUGCCGCGGCCGCGUGGAGGUGCUCUACGCCGGGGGCUGGGGCACCGUGUGUGACGAUGACUGGGACUUCGCGGACGCGCGUGUGGCCUGUCGUGAGGCGGGUUGCGGGCCCGCGCUCGGCGCCACGGGCCUCGGCCACUUCGGCUACGGCCGCGGCCCGGUGCUGCUGGACAACGUGGGCUGCGCCGGCACCGAAGCCCACCUGAACGACUGCUUCCACCUGGGCUGGGGCCAGCACAACUGCGGCCACCAUGAGGAUGCGGGCGCGCUCUGCGUAGGCCCAGAGGAGCUGGGACUGCAGGUCCAGCAGGAUGGCUCUGAGACCACCCAGGUGCCCACUCCUCGGCCCAGGGACGGGCAUCUGCGUCUGUCCAGCGGCGCCCACAGAUGUGAGGGACGUGUGGAGCUUUUCCUAGGGCAGCGGUGGGGCACUGUCUGCGAUGAUGCCUGGGACCUUCGGGCAGCCGGUGUCCUGUGCCGCCAGCUGGGCUGUGGCGAGGCCCUGGCGGCCCCUGGCGAGGCCCACUUUGGCCCAGGCCGAGGGCCUAUCCUCCUGGACAAUGUCAAGUGCCGCGGGGAUGAGAGCAUCCUGCUACUCUGCUCUCACAUCCGCUGGGAUGCCCACAACUGUGACCACAGCGAGGAUGCCAGUGUCCUGUGCCGGCUGUCGUGACCCAGCGGCUCUGCAGACCACCUCUUCUGGGACUCUGCUGUGGCCUGCCCCUCCUCUCCCAGGAAGCCCUCCUCCUGCACUCUGCCCCUCUCUCCCUGCUGGGGAGAGAGCCUGCCCAGACUGUGCUGAUGUGUGGGGGAGCCUGGUUCUAUCCCCAUCAACUUGUGUGACCUCAGCCUGUCAUCAGCUAUUGUGGGCCCAAUUCAAUGAAAGCUCCCAGAUUCUGCUCAACCCGAAUGGAAAAUGGGGCAAAGGAAAUGACUCCUAACUCCUUCUCUCUGGUGGGGCACCCUUGACCCUUUCUUCCUGGACCCAGGCCCAGGAGGCUCAGGGGCUGUCUGUAAAGGGGGAAUCUCUAUAUCCCUCCCCCAUCUUGGGACCCCCAAAAAUAGGGAAGGCAGAGAAGCCCGCAGCUCUUUGCCCUGCCCCGUUCCAUGAGGGCCUGGGCUCAGAUGGUGCUUGGCUGGACAAGGGGACUAAGGGGGCCAAAGCAGGGACAGUGGCCCCUUCCUGCAGCUAGAUCCACUUAUGCUGCCCCCACCAGAGAGCCUCCACUUUGCAGUAGCAAAGAACUCUGGGGGCCUGUAGCCACCCAUUCCUCAGUGCCAAGGUCAAUAAAGCAUUGUCCUCCCUGUCUUUAAACUGAAGUCAGUGUUUGGGCAUUAUAUGUGGCAUCGGGCAUUCCCUGGAGGAAACUGGCUUAGGGAUGGAAGGUAGUUCAAGAGCAUCACCAGGGUGAUCUCAGCAGGCCUAGCACAUCCUGGAAUUGCUGACUCACAGUGUCAGGCCUGGGAGGCCCCUAGAGUGGCCUGUAGCUCAUUCCCUCUUUCAUUUUAUGUAGACAGACACCAAGGCCCAGCCAAAGGAAGGGGCUGGCUCAAAGUCACAUAGUGAGGUGAUGAAGUCACUAGAGGAGAAAAAAUUCUGGAGGCAGAAAAUUAGAUAAGGAAGAGCUAAUAGGGGCUUCCCCAAGGACUGGCCUUAGGUAUCAAACAGAUCUGCUCUGCUCUGCUCUGCUCCGCUCCGCUCCGCUCCAGCCAGAGAGAAGUAAGCGAUCUUUCCAAAAACAUCUCUUUCAGCCCCAGGAUAGGUGACUUGCUAGUUUCAACUGUCCAGUGUCAAGACCACAGGCUAUGUCUAUGGCUCUUGUAAGAAAUUGCCAAAGACUUAGUGGCUUAAAACAACACAGAUGUAUUAUCUUUCAUUUCUUGAGGUCAGAAGUCUACAGUGGGUCUCACUGGGCUAAGUUCACAAUGUCAGCAGAGAUGGUUCCCCAUGGAGACAGGGGAGAAUCUCUCUCCUUGCUUUUUCCAGCUUUUAGAGGCUCAUUCUUUGGCUCCUGGCCUCCUUCCAGUCACCAGUAGCAUCACUCCCACCUCUAAAUCUGUCAUCACAUCUCCUCUGACUCUUCUGCCUCCCCUUUCAAUCUUGUAAGGACCCUUGUGAUUACCUGGAGCCCUGGUGGCGCAGUGGUUAAGAGUUUUUGGCUGCGAACCAAAUGUUGGCAGUUCAAAUCCACCAGCCACUCCUUGGAAACCCUAUGGGACAAUUCUAUUCUGUCCUAUAAGGUCGCUGUGAGUCAGGAUAGACUCAAUGGCAAUGGCUUUUUAUUUAUUUAUUUUUUGGUUUGUGAUUACCUGGCACACUAGGCCCACCUGGGUAAUCUAGGAUAAUCUCCCGUCUUAAGGUCCUUAAUUUAAGCAAAAAUGCAGUAUCACUUUAGCCACGUAGGGUAACAUAUUCACAGGUUCCAGGGAUUAGGACGUGGACAUCUUUAGGGGGCCAUAUUUCUACCUACCACAGGAUCCAAAUCUGAGUCCUAGCUCCCUGCCAGGGACUGAGGUGGACCCUAUCUCCAUCUGUCAGGGAAUUCUCUGAUACCCACUGUGUCACUAGAGAGAUUAGGGCUGCAGAAAUAAAAGGUGUGACAAGGCCUAAGGAUACAGGGAGUUAGAGGAACAGGGGUGUUCUAGCCACCCUGCAGCCCCAGCACACUCACAGAUUCAGCUCGGCGCAUGGUCACAGCCACCCCACCACACACACGUUUCAGUGUGGCCCUCCCUUUUCUCAGCAAUAUCACAGUUUCCGAAACUCUGGACUCCUCUUUCUCGAUCUAAAGAAAGUAUUUUCGUCAACAUUCUCUCAAUUGAUCCUCACAGCAGCUGUGUGAGGGAAAUAUUGUUUUCCUUUUUUACGGACAAGGAAAACUGAGGCUCGGAGAAGGGAAAUGAUUUGUCCAAGUUUGCCUAAUUGAACUGGCACUAAAAUCUCUAAGAUCCUUGAUGCCCAUUAAUACUGUUCACCAACAUUUCCAGGUCUCCUCGUUCCUGGUGCUGUAAGGAAGUACCACAAAUUGGGUGGCUUAUAAGAACAGAAAUGUAUUGCCUCACAAUUCUGGAGGUUAGGAGUCUGAAGGAGAAUCUGUUCCAUGCCUCUCCUAGCUUGUGGCAAUGGCCAGCGAUCCUUGGUAAUGGUUAGCAUUACUUGACUUGUAGAUUAAUCUCUGCCUCAGCAGAUGACAUGGUCAUCUUCCCUCUGUAUCUCUGUGUCUGUGUCUCUUCUCAUUUAUAAGGACACCACUCAUAUUGGAUUAGGACUCGCCCUAACUGAUAACAUUUUCUAAGACCCUAUUUCCAGAUAAGGUUCUAUUCACAGAUACAGGGGUUAGGACUUCAACAUAUCUUUUCAGGAGACACAGUUCAAUCCAUAACAUGUGGCAUGGCCAUAUGAUAUGCUUUGGCUGUUGAAAUGUGAGUGGGAGUAUCCUCCCAGGCAGAAGUCUUCAAAGACUGGUGCGUGACUCACCAAGUUCCCUUCCCCUGUCAAGGUGACCAAUAAUGUUCCAGAUGCUAGCGGCUCCAUCAGCCUGUGUUCCUGAGGGAGGAUCACCUGGGGCAAAGCCUCCGCUGACUUAAGAUGGGCGUAGAGCGUGAGUGAGGAGGCAACCUUCGUUGUUGUAAACCAUUGCGAUUUGGGGUGGUUAUUAGAGCAGUAAUACCUAGCCCACCCAGCUGAGACACCCAGACUCCCAAAUUCUUCUCUGUCUUGUGAAGCUUACCUGAAACCUGCCUUCUAGCCAGUUAUUAAGGCUGCUUCUCUUCACUGUUUGAUUCAGCAAACUUUGGCUACCCCUCUAUGUGGCAGAUCCAG